AACGUGUGAUUACCUUUUGGGGGCGUUUCCAGGAAGAAAGCGGUUACACUUUCCUGUAAUGGCGGACCAGACAGAGAGCGAAACUCUUGGGUUUAACGACAACAGAAUGGCGCAGCAGGCAGUGCGGUUCCGCAGCCCUGCGCCUGCCACUGCCCCCGCACCUACGCCAGCCCAGACCCCAGUUUUACGAGGGCCUCCGCCACUGCUAAGGCCACCGCCGCCUCCAUUUGGCAUGAUGAGGGGCCCGCCGCCAAGACCCCCGUUUGCUCGACCUCCCUUUGACCCAAACAUGCCGCCUAUCCCACCACCCGGAGGCAUGCCACCACCCAUUGGACCUCCUCACCUCCAGAGGCCUCCUUUCCUUCCCCCUCCCAUUGGCAACUUGCCGCCUCCUCCAGGGAUGCUGUUUCCUCCUGGGAUGCCUCCUGUUCCUGCAUCUGGAAACCCAGCUCUCAAUCCCGCAGAGGAAAUCUGGGUAGAGAACAAAACUUCAGAGGGAAAGACAUAUUACUACAACGCUCGGACCAGAGAGUCAUCAUGGAGCAAACCAGAUGGUGUGAAGAUCAUCCAGCAGUCUGAACUCAACCCUCUUCUGGUAGCGGGGGCUACAGCUGCAGGUUCUGGUGCGAACGUGGGUGCAACCGGACCCACUAGCACCAACAGCGGAAACACAGCUGCCAGCACGGCGGCGGCCUCCCCCACUCAGGCCCCGACCUCUACCCCGACCCACACGCUGACCUCGAGUCCAGACCCCAUCACCACCCCCUCGCCCUCUGUGUCCAUCGCAGCCACCGUUGUAGCAGACCUCCCCCCUGUUGCCACCGUGACGUCCACUGUUGCUGUGUCGCCGGUCACCGUGGUGACCGUUUCCACGGUGCCGUCCCCUGUCACGGCGGUCCAGACUGUGCCACUGCUGCCAGCAGCCUUGCCUCACAGUGUGGCCCAGCCCACUGCAGCCAUACCUGCCUUCCCACCCGUCAUGGUGCCACCUUUCCGGGUGCCUUUGCCAGGCAUGCACAUCCCUCUACCAGGUGAGAAUGACACCUGCAGCUCAAAAGCUGCUGUUCUAAUGAAACUGUGGUGCAUAUUUAAUGAUUUUUAAUUUUAGGUCUUUAUG